GUCCCGCGUGAAAAUGACUGCUCGGAUGCUCUGCCCCAAGCCGCUUUGCGAAUACGCGAACGAUGAGCCUAAAGAAAGCUAUAUAUGAAAGCCGCAGCCGCCGCCGCCGCCGCCGUCGCUACAAUAACGCGUAAACGUACACGGAAUUUUCAGAAUUAUACAAAUUUUUACAGAAUUAUAUUUACAUUUGACAAACUCUACGUGGGCAACGAAUCACAAGUGACUUGAUUGACGAUUUUGGCCACAAGUUAAAUGUCGCCGAUUGAUGAUUAUUCUGUAUCAGCAAGUGAUCGAGUUGAGCUUUUUGCAUUAGCAUAAAACUCGUCUAGUGUUAUUGUUGUAUUUUAUUAUACUUUGAUUCUCUGAAAAUGUCGGUCACGUACGCUCAACGGGGUAGACCACCUCCAACACCUGCUCAAAUACAAAAAAUGCUGGAUGAAAAUAGUCAUUUAAUACAGACUAUACAGGAUUUCCAAAAUAAGGGAAAAUCUCAGGAAUGCAUUCAAUACCAACAGAUGCUUCACAGAAAUUUAGUGUACUUGGCAUCUAUUGCAGAUGCAAAUCAAAACAUUCAAGCUCUACUUCCGGCACCACAAGCCAUAGCUAACGGACCUCAGCAUAAUGCCAUGAUGGCACCACAAGGGCCUCCCAAUGUUCAAGCUCCACCUGGUCCUGGUAGUGAAAUACCUCCGAACUCGCAACAACCAUUGCCUAUGGCUGGCUUUAAUCAAGGACAGCCUAUGCCGCAAGCUGGUUACAGAGGACCUGUAAUACCUGGACAAGGACCAGGCAUCAACCGACCACCUACAGGGCCUGCUCCACAGCAGUACAGGGGGAACCAACAGGGAUAUCCACCUCAACAAACUCCUCAACAAGGUUAUCAUCCACCGUAUGGUAAUCAACAAGGCCCUCAAGGAAAUUAUCAAGGGCCUCAAGGUAAUAAUUACGGGCCAGGUCAACCAAACCAAUACGGCCCACCAAAUGCACCACAACCACAAGGCUAUCCUACUCCAAAUCAACCAAAUUACGGACCACCUCCAACAACAGUGAGUAACUAUGGCCCUCAACCUGGGGUCUAUCCCCCACCCAAUGCCAACCAGCCUCCCGCAGGAUACGGACCACCACCACCUAAUCAGCAAGGCUAUCCUCCAUCUAAUGCUGCUCAGCAAAAUUUUCCACCCACUGGGCAACAGCAGCAACAGCAACAACAGCAACCACCUGGGCAGUAUGCAGGUCCAAAUCCACAACCAAAUUAUCAGCAGCCACCUUCACAAGUUCCACCUCCGCAAAAUGCAUAUAAUCCAAAUUCCCAGUCAGGAAAUUAUCCACCAUCCUCGCAAGGUUAUCCAAACAAUGUACCACCACCACAGCAAUACCCUCCUCCAACGUCAAAUCCCCAACCUCCACAACCAGGUCCUCCUGGACCUCAGCCUCCCCAGCCAGGACCUCCUCAACAACAAACUUAUGGAAACCAACCAACUCCAGCAGGCCCUGGUAAUGGGCCAGCACAAUAUGGCCCUAACUCUUCUGGAGCUCCACCAUUCAGUGCAACACCAGCUAGUGGUGUAACCAGUUAUGCUCAAAAUAAUCAACCCACAAGUACUCCAUCUGCUGCUACACAAACUAUUACUCCAAAUAGUGCACCUCCCCCAUCAUCUCAACAAGGUAAUUAUCCACAGCCACCACAACCUCCAAACUGGGGCAAUCCUGUGCAUCCAUCUCACCAACCAACUCAUCCAGUAGCACCACCGCCACCCUCAUCUCAUCAACCACCUCAUCCAGCACCACACCAGUCACCUCUUCCAUCAUCACAUCCCUCUCAUCAACAAUCAGGGCCCCACCCACCACACCAGCAGCCACCUACUCAUCCACCUCAUCCGCAUCAAGCUCCACCUCCACAUCAGUCACCACAUCCAACUCCACACCAGUCUCCUCAACAAGCUCCUCCUUCACAAACACCACCUCAAUCACAGCAGCAGCAACCACAACCACCACAGCAACCACAACAACAACAACAGCAGCAGCAGCAACAACAGCAGCAGCAGCAGCAACAGCAGUCUCCUAGUCCUGCGCCAACAGGUUUCCAACCACCCACAGGCCCACCACAAGGCCCUGGAGGACCUCCUCAAUCGCAACCUCAACCUCCAAAUACUUAUGGACCACCACCACCCCAGCAAUCUCAUCCAACAGGAGCUCAAACAUAUGUGCCACCAGGACCACCAGGUGGACAGCCACAAGUUUAUCCACCUCAUCCUCCUCAACCGGGUCAGCAUUAUGGUCACCCACAAUAUCCUCCUCAGAAUUAUCCCCCACCACCUGGUAGCCAAGGAUAUGGCCAAUAUCCACCAAGGCCACCAGCAGGUCAUAUGCCACCGCCUCCAGGUCCUCAAGGUCCUCCUCCUAAUCAGUAUGCAGGCUAUGGUUAUCAACCACCACCUCAGUGAAAAAGAGAGAAAAUAUUCUAUUCACGCAAUUAAUCAUCGAACCAAAAUUCAAUUUGAUCUUAUAAGAAAUUGUAUGGCUUAUUCAAUAAGAUGGAUAUUUUAAACUAUACAGUUUGAAUGCCAGGCUUUCCUAAUGCCAUGGAAUUUUUCGUCAUUGCAAAUUUAUAAAUUUUUAUUUACUGUCAAUCUUGCUUAUGUGGUGAAAUUUUAAUUUCGUCUCGAAUUUGAAAAUCAUUAUUCGAAACGAAACAAAAUAAAAUGUACAUUUAUUAAAAUAUUGAAUCAAUACAAAUAUAUUUUAGUAAAUCUCGAUUUUUUUAUACAUUAUAGCAUAAAGGUACAUAGGAUAAAUAAUGAAUGAUGCUGUAAAAUAAAGUUAAUGGGAAUGAAUUUUAUAAUUAUUCCUAAUGUAAUUCGACUCUGUAAUAUUCUAAAUGGGUAGAAACAACAGUGUAAAUGUGUUUAAUAUAUAAUUGACUAUAAGCAGUUUCUUUUUUACUUUGAAUAAGUAUAAUCUUUGCUUAAAAUAAAAAAAAUCAAUUUGAAACUGCUUCAGAUAUAGAAGUAUUUAAUCACUUUUUGUUAAACGCGAAGAAUCAUACAUUAUUGUGCAACAAGAAAGAUGUAAUUUUCAAGUUUAUUUAAAAAAAAAAAGUAUUCAUGUUGUAAUAAAUAUUGUUCAUAAUUACUUGGUAUAUUCUUACUUUAAAUCAAUUAUAAAAAAUAUAUUUUUCAAUAAGAAUUUUAAAGCUCAUCUUUACCAUCUUUUACAUUAUUGGCACACUCACAUUCAUGUUCUGGUUGUGAAACUUGUUCCAUUUUGGGCAAUACUUGAACUUGGCUUUUUAUUCGUUUACUCCAUUCCUAAAAAAUUUAUAAAAUUUAUAAUCUUUUUAAAAAAAUAUCUUGAAAUGCACAUAAUGAACAUUUAAGUGCUUACAUUAAUUAAAUUCACAUGGUAACAAAAUACAUCUUGUGGCAUCAAAUUAUCCCUUGCAUAUUGUCUUGCUUCUUUGCUUAUUUUAUAAACUUGAUCAUCAUUUUCUCUGGCCCACUCAAGUUUUUGAACCAAAUCCGAUAAAUCACUUUUAAUAGGUAUAAAGUGCUUGCCAGCUUCAAGAUCUUUAUAAAAAAA